UGGGAAUAUAAUAGGAAGAGUGCGUGCGGCGAGCGGCACUAUGCAGAAGCCCGGAAGCGGAAGGUUUGCAAUGGAAUGGACAUGAAGCUGAUCCAACUAUGCGUAGCUGGGGAGCUGAGUGGCGGAGGAUCGAUGGGCAGGGGGUAGGAGCCCGGUUAUGAGCCCCGGGCACGCGGCAGAGACACCGUUUUAUGAUUUAGCGUCGCCGUAACAUGCAAAGUUGAGGGGAAAGGGAUAGCGACGAAAUCGGAGGGAUGAGCGAGUCACGUGAGAGCGAUAAUCUCUCGUAUCUGCCGGCGCGCUCGCGGGCCCCCGUCUACCUCCCCAAGGGGGUCGACCUGGCCUCCGGGUCCCCGAGCCCUGCCUCCGUCUCGGAUACCGAAGCCGACGCCACCGAUGAGUCGGCUCCCGACAGCCUAGAGGCCCACCAGACCCCCGAACCCGUCGAACCCGAGUGCCAACGACCCGGACCCCCUGCAACCGCAACUCCAACCACAGCCACGUCCGACAUGUCCAGGUUGCAGCUAAGGAAAGACGGUGCUUCCAGGCGACCUCUCUCUUUCACCCGACAAACCUCUUCUAGGCCGCGUGAGGUAAGUGGUAGCUCAGGUAGUGGAGGAAAAAUGGAAGAAGAACGGGAACCACUCCACCACCAAAAUCAACAGCUGAGGCGGCAGCUAGAAGAGGAAUCAGCCACGUAUAAAAGAAGAUUAGACACUUACAAACAGGCCCAGCAACAUCAAGCAGCUUUGGUCAGCAGAUUGCAAGCUAAGGUAUUGCAAUACAAACAACGAUGUGCUGAACUAGAAGAGCGCAGAGAAGAACCUAUUACAAGACUUGAAGUUGCACACAAACUUUUACACGAGCAAGAGGAAAGAGUUCAGGACCUUGAAACUGCUUUAUUACGACUAAAUGAAGAAAAGAGAAGGACCGAUAAACUGUUGGAACUCAACCAAGUUCUUGAGGCUCAGCUUGACGAGGCUCACCAAAGCAAUGAAACUUUAACUAUGGACUUGCAAAAAUUAACAGCAGAUUGGGAAUCAAUGCGUGAUGAACUAGCACUCAAAGAAGAAGAGUGGAAAGAGGAAGAACUG